AUGGCUUUUACAGACUAUAUUAGGAUCAGCGGAUUCGCUCAGGACAUGAAGUCCAUGAAUUUCAGUCUCUACGGCCAAUGGAUAGGCAUUGUGCUGAUAUUUCUGUCGAUUGCCCUGGGCAUCGCCAACAUCUUCCACUUCAACAUUGUGAUUGUGUUUGCCAUUCUGGCCAUCAUCCAGGGCAUAAUCCUGGCAUUUGUGGAGGUGCCGUUCCUGCUCAAGAUUUUCCGGGUGCCUGAUUGGUUCAUCCGCGGGGUUCAGACGCUGGACCAGAACAUGUACAGGGUGCUGUUCUACGUGAUAAUGGCGGUGAUCCAGUGGCUGAGCAUCACGUGCAUGUCGACGUCGCUGAUCGCGCUGGCGGCGCUGAUGACGAUCGCGGCGAUCUGCUACGCGGUGGCUGGCGUGAUGAAGCAGGAGUUCCACAAGUCCAACGUGGUGGCCAGCGUCGACGUGAGCGAGAUGCCGAUCGACGCACAGAUCAGACAGGCGUUGUGA